UGGGACGCAGGGACCACCGUUCAGCGCGGAAGUGAAGUUUUAGCAACAACAAAAAAAAAAAAAAGAAAAAAGAAAAACCUUCGUUAGUGUUGUUUACAGUGUAGGAGUGCUAAGUGACUUAUAAAUAAUCAUUUUUAAAUAAAAUGUGCAACGGCUGUGUUCAGAAAGAAUACCCCGAUCGGGGGAACACCUGCCUAGAGAAUGGCUCUUACCUGAUGAACUACCUGGGCUGUGUCAAAUGCCACCAGAGGGACUUCGUGCUGAUCAGCAACAAAACCACUGAGGAUGAAGAUGGAGAGGAGAUAGUCACAUAUGAUCAUGUUUGUAAAAACUGUGACCAUGUCAUUGCCAGGCACGAAUACACUUUCAGUGUUGUUGAUGAAUAUCAGGAGUACACGAUGCUCUGCAUGUUGUGUGGAAAGGCAGAGGACUCCAUCAGUGUGUUACCAGAUGACCCCAGACAGUCUGCACCUCUGUUCUAGACCUCAAAAGACACCAAGCCCGCAGGUCAAUAUUCACCUUUAGGUCAAGUAUAACUGCCAUGGACGUGCCACUGAAUGCUGGCUUCAGGGUUCCAAUGAUUUUUUAUAUCCUCCCGCCAAAUUGUAACAAGCAAUGAAUCCGAUUUUAAGUCCUUUUUCUGAACUACCCUAUGCUGAACACAUCACGUUAUAUUUCAUUCCUGGACCACCACUGAAUAUUGUGUCUGUCAAUUCACAGUGUGUUUUAAAUAAACAGUUUUUUUUUUUACUUCUAAGAAUGAAUCUUUCCUCUGCUUUUUACUUCUUGACACAACUCUGAUGUAACAGUCGAAGGACAGAAAAUGAGCCCUGUGGUGCAGCUGCAGAAAUCACAAAUGACAAGUAUUUUGUUUGUUCUAACAUGAUUUGUAAAUGAAAUGAAUAAAUGACAUUGUCAGUA